CUCAUACAGCAGCAGAGGCUUUAAGCAUGGCGGACACCGGUGUAUUAGAAUCGCUCUUGCGGCUACUGGAAAAGGCUGACGGUGGUAUUGACAGCCAGGAUGUGGCGGGCAGUCUUUCUGUGGACCACCAGGUUGUUGUUGGGGCCGUAAAGAGUCUCCAGGCUCUCGGAGAGGUGAUUGAUGCAGAGCAGCGCUCCUCGAAGCACUGGGAGCUGACCGGAGAGGGAUCUGAGAUAGCUGAGCAUGGAAGUCAUGAAGCCCGGGUGUUUAACGCCAUCCCUGAAGAGGGAAUGCCUCAGAACCAGCUCAUGAAACUGGCCAGUGGGAAGGUGGGCUUCAGCAAGGCCAUGUCCAACAAAUGGAUCCGUGUGGAUAAAGGUCAUGAAGGAGGCCCCAGAGUGUUCAGGACGGUUGAGAGCAUCGCAGACACUGUGAGAGAGAAGCUGCAGCUUGUGCAGAAAGGACAGUCAUCUCACCUGGAGGAGAAAGAGAAGAACGAGCUGAAGAAACGGAAAUUGCUGACAGAAGUGACAGUUAAGUCCUAUUGGAUCACCAAAGGAAGCAACUUUAGCACCACCAUCACCAAACAGGAGACUGAACUCACUCCAGAGAUGAUUGCUAGUGGAAGUUGGAAGGAGAAGAAGUUCAAGCCUUAUAACUUUGAGGCCAUGGGUGCUGCUCCAGACUGUGGCCAUUUGCACCCUCUGAUGAAGGUGCGGACGCAGUUCAGGCAGAUCUUCCUGGAAAUGGGGUUCACGGAGAUGCCCACCAAUAACUUUAUUGAGAGCUCUUUCUGGAACUUUGACUCUCUGUUCCAGCCCCAGCAGCACCCAGCAAGAGAUCAGCAUGACACCUUCUUCCUGUCUGACCCAGCAGUAGCGCAUAAAUUUCCCCAAGACUACCUAGAGAGGGUGAAAAAGGUCCAUUCUGAAGGAGGAUAUGGCUCACAGGGGUACAAGUAUGACUGGAAGAUUGAGGAAGCUCAGAAGAACAUUCUGCGUACACACACGACAGCUGUGAGCGCACGCAUGCUCUACAAAUUAGCACAGCAGGAGAAGUUCACACCAGUGAAGUACUUCUCCAUAGACCGCGUGUUUCGUAACGAGACGCUGGACGCCACUCACCUGGCUGAGUUCCAUCAGAUCGAGGGUGUGGUGGCUGAUUACGGCCUGACGCUCGGUGAUCUGAUGGGGGUUCUACAUCAGUUCUUCACCAAACUGGGAAUCACUAAAUUACGUUUCAAGCCAGCUUAUAACCCAUACACCGAGCCCAGCAUGGAGGUGUUCAGUUAUCAUGAAGGACUGAAGAAAUGGGUCGAGGUUGGAAACUCCGGGGUCUUCAGACCUGAGAUGCUGCUGCCGAUGGGUUUACCUGAGGGCGUGUCUGUUAUCGCCUGGGGCCUGUCUUUAGAGCGGCCGACUAUGAUCAAGUACGGCAUCAACAACAUCCGUGAGCUCGUAGGCCACAAAGUAAACCUACAGAUGGUGUACGACAGCCCGGUGUGUCGUCUGGACUCUUAAACUGCACUCAGGAACAAUCACAGGAAAGAAAAAGCCUGUGUUUAAAAGCCUCUCGUACACAAUUCUCAUGAAUUCAUUCAACUGUCCUGGAUCAGUUCCCAUUGCUCUGUGUAAAUUAUGCUGGCGACACUCUGACAUGCACUCUGCUGGGGUCCACUGUCAGUAUCCCAAGGAAUAAGAGACUAUGUUCGGCUAAUAUUUUUGAUGGAGCGAAAAAUAAAUAAAUUAUGGCACAUUUUAGAUAAAACUGCCGGCUAUAAAAUAUGUUUAUGUUGUCCCCAUACAGAUGCACUACUCCAGUCAAUUCUGCAUGCACUCAGAGCCAAUAUUAGUACUGAUUAGAUAAUUAGCAUUCUGACUCGGCCUUACUGACUGUCAGCAGUUGAUCUGUAUGUCUUUUAUUACUGACUUAGUGCUUAAAUAUAAUGAAAUACAAUUUCUUGUGGCCAGUGUCUUGCAAAAAUAAUGUUGUUACACGGAUACCUUCACAACCCACAAUGCAAAUACACCAGCUUAAAGAAAAGCAUUCAUAUUGUAAAAAAAAAAAAAAGAUAAAU